AGAGAGGGUUUUCCAUUCUCUGUGGCCGUCACCGUCGCCGUAAAAUUGCUCUCUGUUCUGUAUCUCCGAUUAUAUUUCUGUAAGCUCAAAGGAAUUGUUGUUACAAUGUUUCUAACGCGAUUUGUCGGGAGGAGAUUCUUGGCGGCUGCAUCGGCGAGAUCGGAGUCCACUACUGCAGCAGCUGCCUCAGCGAUUCGGACGCCCCAAAAUCCACUCGAGAAGUUCUUUGAGUUUGACAGAAGCCAGGAUGAAGAUAAACCUGUUGUCUACGGUCGAGGUUGGAAAGCUUCAGAACUACGUCUCAAGUCGUGGGAUGAUCUUCAGAAGCUGUGGUACGUUCUUCUCAAAGAGAAAAACAUGUUGAUGACUCAACGUCAGAUGCUUCAAGCCCAGAACAUGCAGUUUCCAAACCCUGAACGCAUUCCAAAGGUGAGGAGAUCAAUGUGCCGCAUUAAGCAUGUGCUUACAGAGAGAGCGAUUGAAGAACCAGAUCCUAGAAGAUCAGCCGAGAUGAAGAGAAUGGUAAAUGGUAUGUGACCCAUUGGCUCUUGUUUUGGCAACCUAGCAGUAAGCUCGAGUCUAUUCGCAGAGGUGUUUAGUUUUUGGUAGUAAGAAAUAACGCAAGAGGCUGAAGAAGACUUGGUAUUUUGUCCUUUUGGAGCUGGUCUAGUGAUUGUCAUUGUAGUGUCUGGCAGUAGAAAAAUGUUAUAUAAACAUUCCUGUAACCU